AUGACGCAGCCUGCGGCCUUAAAUUGGCGUUUGGCUAGAUGGGUGCUCUUACUGUCUCAGUAUGACAUCCACUUCAUGCCACAGAAGUCAGUCAAAGGACAGGCUAUCUGUGAUCUUAUGGCUAGUCAUCCGCUAGGGGCGAAGACCGACCUAUUCGAAGAUUUGCCAGAUGAACCCCCUGAGGUCAACACAACUUCUUCGCCAGAGGUUUGGCAGAUGUUCUUUGACGGUGCGUCUCGCGUCGGAAUGAGCGAUCCAUCAUUGCAGGAGUGGGGGGUGGUCCUCACUUCCCCACGUAAUCACGUAUUGCCCCAUGCCUUUUCGCUAACGGAGCCAUGCACCAACAACGUGGAUGAGUACAACGCGCUACUCAUUGGACUCGAGUUAGCAAGGGAGUUAGAGAUAAGACAUCUCGAAGCCUAUGGUGACUCUCAGCUAAUUAUCAAACAAAUGACGGGGGAUUACGAAGUAAGGAACGACGAUCUAAUCUCGCUUCACAAAGCAGCUACCAAGCUAGUGGAGUCAUUCAAGAGUUUUUGCAUCGAGCAUGUGCUUCGUUCCAAGAACACGUAUGCUGAUGCCCUCGCAUCCUUGGCAACUAACUUGGCCCAGCCACUAGAGAUGACUCAAUAG